UCGCUUGCUUGCACGUUCGUUCGAAGAAGAGAGAGAAAGAGAAAGAGAACAGAGAAGAUGAAACACGUGGAACCAGUAAACACACGACAGAGACAAGCGCAUGACGAGUCCUUCCACUGCACCAUCCAUCAACAUGGCUGAGAACAAGCUUGAAGCGAUUAGAUACAGGGAUGGCCAGUUGUCCAUCAUCAACCAGUUGAAGCUGCCCCUCGUGACCGAAUACGACGCCAUCUCCUCCGUUCAGGAUGGCUGGGACGCCAUUCGCGAGAUGCGGGUGCGUGGCGCGCCCGCCAUCGCCAUUGUGGCGGCGCUGAGCCUGGCCGUGGAGCUGCACAAGCGGACGUUUGCAUCUGCGGGCGACGCCGCCGCCUUCAUCAAGACGAGCCUCGACCACCUGCGCACGUCGCGGCCAACAGCCGUCAACCUCUUCGAGGCGGCAAACAAGCUGGAGGCCCUCAGCGCCAAGCUGGCAGCGCAGGAGGGGGCGACAGCGCAGCAAGUUGUCGCCGGCACGCUGGCGAAGAUUGAGGGCAUGAUGGCCGCUGAUAUUGCCGACAACAGGGCCAUCGGCAAGCACGGCGCAGAGGCCAUCUUGGCCAAGACGGGCAAGGACAAGGUGCGCAUCCUCACGCACUGCAACACGGGGUCGCUCGCCACCGCCCAAUAUGGCACCGCGCUCGGCGUCAUCCGCUGUCUGCACGAGCUCGGUAGCCUGGACCACGCCUUUUGCACGGAGACGCGCCCGUACAACCAAGGGGCACGGCUCACCGCUUAUGAGCUUGUCACAGAGAAGAUCCCAUCAACACUGGUUGCGGACUCGAUGGUGUCUGUGCUGAUGAAGGAGAAGGACAUCAGCGCCGUGGUCGUCGGAGCAGAUCGCGUGGUGGCCAACGGUGACACUGCAAACAAGAUUGGAACAUACCAGAUUGCCAUUGCGGCUAAGCAUCACGGUGUUCCCUUCUACGUGGCCGCUCCCAUCACCUCUGUGGACCUCGACCUUCCUGAUGGUUCACACAUUGUCAUUGAGGAGCGCAAGGGCGACGAACUCACACACAUCUUCGGCAAGCGGCUUGCUGCUCCAGGCAUCAACACGUGGAACCCGGCGUUUGAUGUCACGCCGGCCUCCCUCAUCACGGGCAUCGUCACGGAGAGGGGUGUGGUCAAAAAACCGGAUGGAGCGCCCGAAUUCGACAUGCACGCGUUUGUCCAGGAGACGCGCGACCAGAAGCGCAUCUAAGAACGGUGCAUCGUCGUUGUCGCUGUCGCUGUUUGUGUGUGUGUGUGUGUGUGUGUGUGUGGUGCGUUGUGUGUGUGUGUGUGUGUGUUUGUGUGUGUGUGUGUGUAUGUGUAUGUGUGCGGUGUAGUUGAACUUCGGUUCUCCAACCCGCGAACCCAGUCCUUCCCCUUGAUUGGCCUUCUCUCCUUGCAUGCACGAAAGUGUUUGACCUAAUCUGAGUGUUUACUAGCAGUCACAUCUGCUUUCCACAGCUGUAGCUCAGCGUUGUAGAAUGUACACGUGCCAACGAGAUCCACCAAUGC